AUGUCCUUCAACUCUCAUAACGAUGGUAAAGGCCCAAAACGUAGAAGCGGCUUGUUUGGUAGCAUUCGCGAUAAAAUAAGUCGUUCUACAAGCACUGCAUCGAAAACCGGUAGUUCAAUCUCCUCUACACAGCAGAAGAACUUCCCAGAUAAUGCGCCUCCACCAGCGUAUACCUCUACAUCUUCUACGUCGUACAAAAAUCCUUCUACGUCUUACAAUAAUUCUCCUACAACAUACAACACUGCUUCUACAUCUCACACUUCUCCUACAUCCUACAGCAGCACUUUUACAUUCCGCCACACUUCUACAGUCCCCCAGACUACUGAAAAUGUUCCACCACAUGACCUCGACUCAUCACCAUAUGCUCUCCUCUCCACAUUCGAUACCAUCCUUCUAAUCGAUGAUUCUACUAGCAUGGGAUGGGAUGCUGAGCCUACGGCUUGGCAACAAGUCUUUCUAGCUCUCCAAACCAUAGCACCCAUCAUUACUGCCUAUGACGCUGAUGGAAUUGAUGUUUACUUCAUGAAUCACAAAAGUAACAACAAGGGUAAUGAGAACGAAGGCGUUGCCCCCACCGGCUACUACGGCAUUCAAGAUGCAGCUAAAGUUGAAGAAGUAUGGAGUAUGGUAGACGAACCGAAGGGUCUAACUCCCACCGGCCGGCGCAUCAGAGAUAUCCUUUCUCCUUACAUGAAGCGACUCAAGAAAGAAAUGAAAGCAGGUCGAGAUGUCAAACCAUUAAAUCUCAUCGUCAUAACCGACGGCGCUGCCUCGGAUGAUCCCGAAUCAGAAAUCGUCAAAGUCGCCAAGGAGCUCGAUGCACUCGACGCACCACUCACACAAGUAGGCAUCCAAUUCUUCCAAGUAGGAAAGGUGGCGUCGGCGAAACAAGCAUUGGAGGACCUUGAUGAUGCUUUGGAGCACAGGUAUAAGAUUAGAGAUAUGGUUGAUACUGUUACAUGGAAUGGGCGUGAUACCGAAGCAGGACUGACUGGGGAUGGAAUCGUGAAGGCUGUACUAGGUGCGAUUAUCAAGAAACUUGAUCGCAAGCCUGCUAGUGGGGAGCACCCUAGGCGUUAA